AGGUGUGUGUAGUAAGCGGCUGAGCAGGGGUUCGAUCGUCGGCUACCCCAGACUACGGGUCAGGGGUCCCACUGCCACGGAAGAGGCCCCCCAUCCCCCCAAUCCCCCAUUCCCCACAACUGGACCUCGGCUCCUUUGACUCGGCUGACCCUCCCUGGAUCCCGAGGUCGUCCUCCGUCCCCGACCGCGACUCGAGACUGUUUUCACAAAGACGGGGCCGCCCUCAUUCCUCAUAGACUAGAGCAUCGUUUCAGCGCCUUUCUCUUCCUAGACUUGACUUCGACUCACGACAUUUCUCAUUCUCCUAGACUUGCAUACCCGCAGAGAUCGUCAAGAUAGCCCCCGUGGUCCUACUUCCAGCCAUCCCUUUACCACACCAGUCAAGACCAGCACCAUGCCGUGGAACACAGAGCUCACCCGCCGGUUAGGCAUUCGAGUGCCCGUCGUGCAGGGCGGUAUGAUGUACGUCGGGUACGCCGAGCUGGCCAGCGCAGUCUCCAACGCCGGCGGCCUGGGCAUCAUCACGGCCCUCAUCUUCCCAACGCCAGCCGACCUGCGCAAGGAGAUCCAGAAGUGCAGGACCAUGACCAAGAACCCCUUCGGCGUCAACAUCACCCUCCUGCCGUCCAUCAACCCGCCUGACUACGGCGCCUACGCCCAGGCCAUCAUCGACGAGGGCGUCAAGAUCGUCGAGACCGCCGGCAACAGCCCCGGGCCGGUCAUCAGGAAGCUCAAGGAGGCCGGGUGUAUCGUGCUGCACAAGUGCACCACCAUCAGACACGCGCAGAGCGCCGUCAAGCUCGGCGUCGACUUCCUCAGCAUCGACGGGUUCGAGUGCGCAGGGCACGUGGGCGAAUCGGACAUCACCAACUUCAUCCUGCUCAGCCGGGCGCGGCAGUCGCUCAAGGUGCCCUUCAUCGCGUCGGGCGGGUUCGCGGACGGGCAGGGGCUCGCGGCGGCGCUGUGCCUGGGCGCCAGCGGCGUCAACAUGGGCACGCGCUUCAUGUGCACGGUCGAGGCGCCCAUCCACGAGAACAUCAAGAGGGAGAUCGUCAAGGCCAGCGAGACCGACACCGCCCUCGUCCUGCGCAGGUGGACCAACACCACCCGCCUGUACAGGAACAAGGUCACCGAGCAGGCGCUCAAGGUCGAGAGGGAGAGCAAGACGGGCGAGUUUGCCGAGAUCGCCCCCUACGUGAGCGGGCAGCGGGGCAGGCAGGUGUUUAUCAACGGUGACCCGGACCAUGGUGUCUGGACUGCCGGCCAGGUCAUCGGCCUGAUCCACGACAUCCCGACGUGCAAGGACCUCGUCGAGAGGAUCAGCGUGGAGGCCGAGGGCUCGCUCAAGGAGAAGCUGGAGCUUGUCUCGCCGACACAGAGCAAGCUGUAGAUGUGUGUUAGAAGUAGUGUACAUUUGACCGCUGCCAAUUUUUUUAGAAGUUCAGACCAAUCGACCGACAUUCAGUCUCGGAUUUCAAGACAUCAG